AUGGCACCACCUCCAGCUUACCCUAGCAGACUCCAGCUUAACCCAUCAGGCAAGUUUCGACGGCGUGCCAUCAUCGCCUUAAAGCACCUCGAUACUUACUUCGGCGCCCCGCUGCCCGUGGAGGCCACGGAGGCUCUGGCGCGCUCCUGUGGUGAGGCGGCUCUUAAGGCCGACAACGAAAGCGCCGACGACGCGUGCACUGACGAGGUCGGCCUCGAAGCUCGUGCGAGCUUGGGCGGCGGGCCGGCACCGCUGGACGACAAGCGCCGCGCCGGCGACGCAUCGCCCGCCAACGACGGUGCAAAGCCCCGGCACGGUGAGGCGAACACGGCGUUGGACGACGCGCUUUUUGAGGACACGGCCGGUGACUGCGACGAACUUGAAACAGAGGUCAAAAAGUCCCGGCAUGACGAUGCGGCAGCCGUGAAGAAAAGGAAGAAGGAAAAGGAAAAGAAAGGCCACGGCGAACGGAGCGGUCAUGUGGAGGCUGCGGAGAAUGGAAGCGACGAGAAAUACGCGGACGUUGACGAGAUGAUCGUUCGCGACGCACAUGGUGACUGCCAGGACGGUGAAGAAGAGAUCGGCGAGUCUCGGCACUACGAAGAGCAGGUUGGGGAGUCACAGCCUGGUGAUGCAAAGGUCGAAGAGUCCCGGGAUGAUCAGGCUGCGGUCGUGAAGGAAGACAAGACGAAUAAGCGAACGAAACAGCAGCAGAACGAACACAGGGACAAACGGCGAGACGAUAAGGACGGCGCCAACGCUCGCGAGGCCAAGCGUGAAAGCGACGACACCGACAACGACAGGGACAUUGACAACGACAAUUACAAAGAAACCGACAAGAAGGACGCAGAUAGCGGCGACACAGCGUCGGAUGCUGACGACAAGACGGACGGGCAGAACGAGCUCAAGAAACGGAGGUCGCCAGCAUUUAACGACUACCACCUGGAGGAGUGGCCGCCACCCCGUCGUGACCGGUCCUGGCGACUACAACGGAAAAACACGACACAGCGAGCGACACAGCGAAACAUCUACGACAACGGCACCAGCACCAAGCAACAACGUCAGCGCCCGGAGGUCUACCGUGACUACUCUGCGCCCGCUAGCUCGGUGGGUGUGGUGCUGCACCGGGCUCUCGCGGUCCUGCUCUCGCGGAUGAACGUGGUCGUCAACUUCAGCGAGUCCGGCAGGGAGAAAAAUAAGAAAUACGCGUUCGAGACGAAGCAGACGGCGCCGCGAUCGGAGAGCAGCGCGUAA